ACCAGUUGAACACGAGUGUUCCUUGCUGUGCUUAACAACUGGAUAGAGUUCAGCAAGCUGAAUUUCACUCAUUCAAAAACGUUACGCAGAUUUAUAUCCAGAGUUGUUACCUACCGCAACAUGGGUAAAAGAAACAGAGACAAACAACGAAAACAACAGCAGAGGGAUGGCAAACCUGCUGAUGACAGAGACAGAAAUAAUGCCGGUUGGGGAGCAGGUUACUCCGAAAUCAUCAAAGAAAACAAGCUGUUCGAGCAGUACUAUAAGGAGCUUAAGAUCGUGCCAGAUGGAGAGUUUGAGGAAUUUAUGGAUGCUAUGAGGGAACCUCUGCCUGCUACCAUACGCAUCACUGGAUAUAAAAGCCAUGCCAAAGAGAUCCUUCACACUUUGAAGGAAAAGUAUUUCAAGGAUAUUCAGGAUCUUGAAGUGGAUGGUCAGAAGAUAGAGGCCCCGCAGCCUCUUAGUUGGUACCCUGAUGAGUUGGCAUGGCACACCAACCUGAGCAGGAAGAUUUUGCGCAAGUCUCCCCUGCUAGAGAAGUUUCACCAGUUUCUGGUCAGCGAAACGGAAUCGGGAAACAUAAGCAGACAAGAAGCUGUCAGCAUGCUCCCUCCUCUGCUUCUUAAAAUUGAGCCACACCACAAGAUCCUGGACAUGUGUGCUGCCCCAGGAUCCAAGACAUCUCAACUGAUUGAGAUGCUCCACUCCGACAUGGAUGUGGCGUUCCCUGAGGGCUUUGUGAUCGCUAACGACUCCGACAACAAGCGCUGCUACCUGUUGGUGCACCAGGCCAAGCGACUGAACAGCCCGUGCAUCAUGGUGGUCAACCACGAUGCGUCCUGCAUGCCCCGUUUCCAAGUGGACGGUGAUGGCGGCAGAGAGACGUUGUUCUACGACCGCAUCCUCUGUGACGUGCCUUGCAGUGGUGAUGGGACAAUGAGAAAGAACAUUGACGUAUGGAAAAAAUGGACCACUAGCAACAGCCUGCACCUACACGGGCUGCAGGUACGGAUAGCUGUGCGUGGGCUAGAACAGCUAGCCGUUGGUGGGAGAAUGGUCUACUCCACCUGUUCCCUCAACCCCAUCGAGGACGAGGCGGUCAUCGCCACCCUGCUGGAGAGGAGUGAAGGUGCCUUAGAGCUGGCUGACGCCUCCGCUGACCUCCCUGGGCUCAAAUACAUGGCAGGAGUCACAUCAUGGAAGGUCAUGACCAAAGAGGGCCAGUGGUACCAAGACUGGUCCGAGGUGCCGGCCAAUAGACACACACAGAUCCGCCCCACCAUGUUCCCCCCGACAGACCCCGACAAGCUCAAGGACAUGCACCUUGAGAGAUGCAUGAGGGUCCUGCCUCAUCAUCAAAAUACUGGGGGUUUCUUCGUGGCAGUGCUGCUGAAGAAAUCUCCAAUGCCCUGGAACCGCCGCCAUCCACGGACCAGAAACAAGACCCAGGCCUCGUCAGCAGAGGCGGAAGUGGCUCCAGGUGUGGACCAGCCGAUCGCGGACUCUCCCCCAAGCGAGGCCCCUGAGGCAGAGGGAGAGGGCGACGGCGAGACCCCCUCAGAGCUCCCCUCCUCCGAGACCCCCGCCACAGCCGCUGCUGCUGCCACAGACACGCAACAGGAACCCACCGCCAAAAAAGAUGGAGUGUGUUGUCCUCCACCUUCAAAGAAGAUGAAGCUGUUCGGCUUCAAAGAAGACCCCUUUGUGUUUCUGACGGAGGACGACCCUGUAUUCCCCCCAAUCCAAGCCUUCUAUGAUUUGUCCCCAGACUUCCCCAAGCUGAAUGUGCUGACCAGGACCCACGAGGGGAAGAAGAGGCAUCUGUACAUGGUGUCCAAGGAGCUGCGCAACGUGCUGAUCAACAACAGCGAGAGGAUGAAGGUCAUUAACACCGGAGUGAAGGUGUGGUCUCGGAACAACGACGGCGAGCAGUUUGGCUGUGCCUUCCGCCUGGCUCAGGAGGGCAUCUACACGCUGUUCCCCUACAUCCGUGCGCGGCGCAUCACCAUCAGUGUGGAGGACGUGAAGGUGCUGCUCACGGAGGAGAACCCCUUCCUCAGCAAGCUGAGCAGCAGUGCCCACGAGCAGGCCAAGAAGCUGCAAAUGGGAAGCAUCGUCCUGAGGUACCAGCCGGAUCCAAAUAACCCAGACCUGCCCCAGUGCCCCAUCGAGCUGUGCGGCUGGCGAGGCAAGACGUCCAUCCGGGCCUUCGUCCCGCGCAACGAGCGCCUGCACUACCUGCGCCUGGUCGGCGUGGAGGUGUUCCUCAACAAGCAGGGCCGGAGCCGGGGGGACGACGCCGCCGCCACCACCCCCGAAGCCCAGGAGGGGAACGCAACCGACGGGGACGCCAAGAGCCAGGAGGGGCACCUCUGGAGGAUAAGCAGGCGGCCACAGGUGGAGAGAACGGAUCCAGCGCCAACGGGGCCAAACCUGUGAGCAGCACCUGAACUGGGAGAGAGAU